UCGGUCCCCCGUCCCCCCAACGUCUCGCGCGUUUUUAUAAUUCGUUGCGUUGUCAGCAAAUCCUUUCGGAAGUUUAAUGUUUAUCAGCAGUGUCAAAAAUAUUUGAUAACGCUGCAAAUUGACUAAAAUAUUAAAUAAGCGGCAACAAUAAUUUGUUCCAGUUUCCUGUUGAAGUAACGAACUUGACAAAAAACUUUACAUCAAGUUUACAUCCAUCACAUGUUCUACCCAACAAGUCAGUGAUUCAUGCCAAUAUGAGUUUCGGAAACCCUAUGCUUUAUAACGAGAUACUGCUUAGAAAAGGUCUUUUGGGAGAUAUUUACAAAGCAGUGAACAAUUUAGAUGGGUCAGCAGUAUUAGAAGCUUAUAAAGUACUAAGUAUUACUAAGGGAUUUCCUCGUCUGCACUCCCAUUUAAAAAAUAACGACAGGUCUUGCGUAUUUCGCAGUCGUGGGAAUGAUUAUUACCAGGAGGAAAACUACCAGAUGGCAUUGGAAAUGUAUAACAAGGCUUUACUCUUUGCUCCAAAAGGCUCCAUAGAAAUGCUGCAUGCUUACGGAAAUCGGUCGGCACUACUUUUCCAUUUAAAUGCAUAUUCCGCAUGUCUUAAAGACAUUGAGACUUGUCGCAAACUUGGGUGCACUGGAGACCUGGCAAAGAAACUAAAUAAGAGAUAUGAACAAUGUAUGGAAUCAAUGUGGAAAGAAAAUCUUAAGAACAACAUAUUGCUGUGCGAUUGGGCUCAAGAGUAUUUCAAGUUUAAUCUGAAAAAACAUUCUGAUAUAUCUUGCCUAUCUGCCGACGUGGAUAUAGUUUCUGAAGAUGGAGAACAAGAGGUAGUUGCUACUAAGGAUUUAAAAAUUGGUACAGUGGUAGCUAUAGAAACUGCGUUUGUAACUCAUUCUCUCCCGGAUAAAUGUCUCGUCUCAUGCCAUUAUUGCCAAAAGAUGACUUUCAAUUUGAUGCCUUGUGAUAACUGCUGUGUUGCACUCUUCUGCAGCUUGCAAUGCAAGGAGCGCUGUCUGAAUGAGUACCAUAAUGUAGAAUGUCAGAUCAUGGAUAUUCUGCUAGCAGUUGACGCAGGCCACAAAUUCCGUUUGGCAAUCAAGACAUUCUUGAAACUAAAGUCACUCUGCAAGGACUGGAGCACUCUGGUUAAAGAAGCAAACAACAUUGGGACCAGCAGACUAAAUGAGAGUUCAUUGAGCGAAAUAUACAAUGUCCAAAACUAUUCUUCAAUCUUGUGCUUUAAAGAAGAUAGGCGUUUUGUCUUUGGUGCGCUGUAUAAUAGUGCCUUCAUUUAUGCCUCAGUGUUGCAUCGGUUGGAAAGAGUCCUUGGUUUCUUUCCUCAAUCAAAAUCUGAAGGUCUUGAAGCAAAGAAAUGCUUUGGAAAGCUCUGCCUCACUCUGCAGUUAAACUGCCCAGCUACAGAAGUUGUCACUUCUGCAGAGGAACUGACUGUUGGUCAGAUUGUGACGGACAUGCCGGCUCACUACGGCUGGUUCCCAUUUGCGGGGAAACUGAAACACUGCUGCGAAGCGAACCUGCUGGCGCUUGGGCUUGAUGACCGCUUAGCGCUGAUAGCUAUAAGACCUAUCAAGAAGAUGUCUGAGCUGACAGUUUCUUAUGUCGGCCACUGGUACGAGAACCUAUACGAAGACCAGCGCCGAAUGAAGCUAUAUCAGAACAUUGUGAACGUGUGCAGCUGCCGCGUGUGUGUCCAAGGCUGGGACAUACACAGCUUCCGGAGACGAGAGCUAGACGUCAAACUGAAGAAGCUGUAUUCCUCUUGGGACAACAUGCGAAAGAACCACGUAAUGCCCCAGCGAGACCCCUCCUUCUUCCGCGAGACUUGCAAGGCGCUGACGUUGUUCGAGGAUCUGCCCAACACCAAGGAGCACUAUGAAUUGUUCAGGGAGCUGCGCACCCAACUGAGCUUAGCGCAGUUUGCUGUCACUACCAAUAUUAUGAUUAGUCGCUAAAAAGCGGGUUUUAUUGUUGUCAGAGAUAAGGGUUCCAUUAAUUACGUCACACGAAUUUCAAGGUUUUUUGAUUCCCCCUCCUUGGCAAACCUAAACUUUUUAAUGUUUAGUUAAGGUCUUACUAACAAUGCUAUGGACCUAUGAGUUGUCUAAAAAUAAACGCAUUUUAUUUUAUUAUAAACUUUUUCAAUGAAAACAGCAAAUCCAAUUAAGUAUUAUUAAUAUUUUAUCAAAAUAUUCUUGACAAAAGAAAUAUUAGUAAUUUUAUAACCCAAAACAGAUUAGGAAACAAAAUUAAACGAUUAAAAACGAUUGUUCCAAAAACUUGUUAUUUAACUGUACAGCGAAUAAAAUAAUUUAAAUAACAAGUUUGAGAACAAAUACAAUUAUUUUAUUAAAUAUUUUGAUUAGUGUUUUUUAAAGUACGUUCGAAUCCGGCCUUCACCACUGGAGGGCUUCGUCACUUUUUCUUUAAUAUAUGACAUCUAUUACAGUUUUUAAUUUAUAUAUAGUAGUGACUACUUUAAAAAACACAAAUCAAAAUAUUUAAUAAAAAUAAUUGUAUUUGUUCUCAAACUUGUUCAUAGAUGGCAGCACCAGUCUCUCUCGCUACAACGUAAAUCCGUAAGGAGUUCGUUUAGGAGGUGCAAGCGCGCACUGCUUGCCCUUAGAGCUGGUCAAAGACAUCUAGUCUUACUAAGAUGGCAUAUAGUCGAGAAAUUCGGACGGGCACCGCCGUGGCGGGGUGGCCUAGGGGUUCAUGGCGUUAGCCGCGAUAGCUAAAGACGCCGGUUCGAAUCCGGCCUUUACCACUGGAGGGCUUCGUCACUUUUUCUUUAAUAUAUGAAAUCUAUUACAGUUUUUAAUUUAAAUAAGUUAAAGUGACAUCACAAAGUUUGUGACUCCCCCUUGUCACAACAUGUCACAUUUGCUUGACCCCCCUAAACGUGUGAUGUAAUUAAUGGAUGACCCCAAAGCUGGUAUUAUUGUUGUCAAAGAUUUUACUAUAUGACUGUUAAUUAUAGAUAAAUUAUAGACUGUCAAAAAUAGACUUGUGGUGUUCUGAUAUCAACUGCAGUUGCAUGUCUGUUGCGGCGUCUUGGCCACCACUGUAUCUGUUAAUUUCCUUGAUGAAAUGAGUCUUCCGGGUUGAGCGCCAUCUUGAUAGUCACGCCUCACGCCUCGUGAUUAGUUUCUUUGUUUUUUGCUCAUUAAUAUGUUUUAACCUGUAAUAUCGAUAGCUUAUUAUACAGUAAACUAAUGUGGUAGUGUGCAGUGAAUGGAGAAUUAAUCUUGAAACGCGUUUAACCACCAUUUUGGAGUCAACGGCCGGUAGCCCACGUGCUUCUUGUAAAGAAAGUCAGGCUAUUGCUUUACGUGAGCUAAUAAAUUCACCGUACACUGUCUGACGGUACAAUUUUAGUCGUAUUUAAAGCUCCUAAUACCUCGACGCUGGCGAAAUAGUCCCACUGGACUGAAUCCAUUUAAUUUAAAAAGAAUGAAUGAUGAGUGAAUGAAUGAACAUCAAAAUCGCGGCAGUAAUGCGACGGAGGACGUCUCAUUUUAUUUAUUUAAACUUUUUUGCACAAAAUACAAAAAAAAAAUACAAAUGGCGGACUCAAAGCCUAAAGACAUACCAGUCAACCAUGGGGCUAAACAGAGAUGCUCCAGAGAUAUAAUAAAAAUGGUGCAAGAAAAGUAAGAGAACAAUCAAUCAAGAUAAUUGACAGAUACAGCGGCAACAACGAGGCCACAACAGUAAUAAUAAUAAUACAGCUGCAAUUGAUGAAUGGACAUACCUAUGACACUUAAUUUUUUGAAGUUUUUCGCAAAAAGUAAGUAAUAAAGACUUGAUUUUGG